AUGAUGGCCCACCUCACACGGCAAGAAGUGCUCGACUCCGGCACCGUGUCGCAGACGUACAAAGCCGCUUUCGAUUCGCGGCCCGUCGAUAUCAGCGGGACAGAUAUCUCAGGAUGGCGAACCUCUCGCGCUGAACACUUACAGAAGCUCAGACAGUUUUACCCGAUUCCUGGCCCUAUCCCACAUCUAGUCACUGAGUCGUUGCACGAUGUACCUACAAGAGAUAGCACGAGCAUUAGGGUCAAGGUUUAUCAGCCCGUCAAGGGUGAGCCAAAGGAUGGUAGCCCCCUGAUCAUGAUGUAUCAUGAAGGAGGCUGGAUGAUGGGGGAUCUGACAGAUGAGGAUCUGAAUUGUAGAAUGUUUGCUAGAGAUCUGGGAGCGGUUUGCGUGAACGUUGAAUACCGACUUGCGCCUGAACACAAGUUCCCCACCGGCGUGAACGACUGCUACGACGCACUGAAAUGGGCCGUCGCCAACGCUAAGACACUGGGAGCAGACCCCGGACGCGGAAUCAUCGUUGGCGGUGCAUCUGCGGGUGGAAACAUCGCUGCUGUCCUGGCCCUACUUGCUCGUGACGAGAAAUUAGAUCCUCCCAUCACCGGCCAGUAUCUGUGUGUUCCGGCACUACUGCCAGAUACCAAUGUCCCGCCCUGCCUUGCUCACCUCUACGAAUCACGCCUCAUGAAUAUAUACGACCCCGUUCUGAAAGGCGGUCUGCAACCUGGCAGCGUAGAGCCCAUCUACGAGCCCGAUUUGACCUCACCGCUUUGGGAUCCAUUUAGCCACCCAGAUGGACACAAAGGCGUAGCGAAAGCUUUCUUCCAAGUUGGCGGAUUAGAUCCAUUGAGAGAUGAGGCGGUGUUGUAUGACGGAAAAUUGAGGGAGGCUGGGGUUCUGACGCGGUUUGAGUUGUACAGUGGAUACGGUCAUAUGUUUUGGACGAACUAUCCUGAAUUGGAGGAGAGUAGCAAGUUUGUCGAAGACGCUUUGAAAGGUCUUAAAUGGCUAUUGGAAGACACUAGGGGUUCAGAGGAGGACACCAGAUGA